GCGACCCUUCGAUUCCCUUCCGGAAGUGAUGUCACGUCGCCAAUGGCGGCUCGCAGUUUCAUUCCGGAUUUCCAGUGGACUACAAACUGAUUUUAGACCCACAAGUUGCACUCUGGGGGAGUUUUUACUUUUUAGAACAACUUCGGACUCCGCGCACAGCCAAGCGGAACCGAAAACGCGUCUGAAUACGAGGCGCCCGGUGGCUGAUUGGCUUAUUUUGGAGCCGGGUUCAAGGUGGUCACCCCGUCGAGCGAGCUAGCGUGAGCUAACGCCGCUUAGCUCAACGAGGUCCAAAACAGCAGCAGCCCUUCUGAGCGCAAUUGCGGUCGUCUGCUCUGCCAAUCUGCUCCAUUUAAUGGUCAUCGUGCAACAAGCGUGCGGAUCGAGAUACUCGCGCCUCUGCCGGGAAAUCGCUCGAUUGGUAGCUAAUGCCGACUGUCAGCCGCAGUUCUUCCGCCGACUGCUGACUUGUCUUGGCCCGUCAACAUGCUGAAGACCCGCCAGUGUUUACUCGGCAUCCGGACUUUCCUCGGGGUCACGUCCAGAAUAUGGGGCUUCUUCAUGUAUAUCCUCAGGAAGCACCUGCGAACGAUUAUCCAGUACCAGACUGUGCGAUACGACACCUUGCCUCUGUCGCCACUCUCCCGAAACAGACUGAAUGGAGUCAAGAGGAAGAUUCUGGUGCUGGACCUAGACGAGACCCUAAUCCACUCUCAUCACGACGGGGUCCUUAGGCCCACGGUGAGGCCGGGGACGCCGCCCGACUUCAUCCUCAAAGUUGUCAUUGACAAGCACCCGGUGCGAUUCUUCGUCCAUAAAAGGCCGCAUGUGGACUUCUUUUUAGAAGUGGUGAGCCAGUGGUACGAGCUGGUGGUGUUCACAGCCAGCAUGGAGAUCUACGGCUCGGCAGUGGCCGACAAGUUGGACAACAAUAGGAACAUCCUCCGACGCAGAUACUACAGACAGCAUUGUACAUUGGAUCUAGGUAGUUAUAUCAAAGACCUGUCAGUAGUACACGACGACCUGUCCAGUAUUGUCAUCCUCGACAAUUCGCCCGGUGCUUAUCGAAGCCAUCCAGACAAUGCAAUACCCAUCAAGUCCUGGUUCAGUGAUCCCAGUGACACAGCGCUUCUUAACUUGCUGCCUAUGCUGGACGCAUUAAGGUUCACCGCAGAUGUCCGCUCCGUCCUUAGUCGAAACCUCCACCAGCAUCGGCUCUGGUGAUGGGUCAAAUGGAGAUAUUUGGUCAAAAGACGACCUGCCGCCACCCCCUCAUCGAAGGGGAGGGUUGGGAUGAACAAUUUGGGUGCCAGAUUUUUAGCCCCACCGCAAUUUUAGUUUGAUAUUUGAGUCCUCGCCCUAACCACAACAAAACAAUGAAAUGGAUCAUCUCUGACGCCUUUCAAACUUUUUUUUCCCUUGAUGAUGCAAUGAAGAGGAUUCCCAAAGUCAACAAUACUAUGUCAUAUUUUCAUGAUUUUCUGAUCAAAUAUGCUUUUGGCCCUGUUUUUUCAAAAGGAUACAAACAAUCUUUUUGCUUGCAAGCCGCCUCCCAUCCUUGGAUAUUUUUGUUUAUUUUGUGGGUUUUUAAAUAAGACUGAAAAUCACAAGAUUAAAACAUAUGGCUUGUACCCAUUCUAUGGACUGCUGUGCUGUCUUUUCCAUAUCUGUCACCACAAAGUAACAUCUCACUCUGUUCAUGGAAUUGCAAUUGCACUUGAUUUGUCCCCCCGCCCCUUUCUAUUUUUCUUGUUUGAUUGCCAGCCCUCCCUUUACUGUAUGGAGUUGAGAGCCUUUCGAAAUGCCUUCUGAACAAUAUGUCCAGGUUCUGAAGCCACAUCUUUAUUGGCUCUGUCUAAUAAAAAAAAAACACUUGUUAGUAUCA